GUCAUCGUACAAGACGUGGGGCACAUUUACCAAAACCACUACCAUCACCAUCAUCAUAGUGACAGUUACAACACAACAAUAUGUGUAUGAGUGAAAAAUAUUAACUUUUAUUCUGGAAACAAGACAAACUGUGUGACCAAAACGAAAAAGAUAUGAGUUUACCAGGAAGUGGAAUGGACAUGUCUGCACUAAUGUCCCAACAUCCAGUGCUGGGUGCAAUUCCACCAGCGUUUUUCCUACGCGCUUCUGAAAGAUACCAGCGCACACCAAAAUGUGCCCGAUGCCGGAAUCACGGGGUUGUCAGCGCGUUGAAAGGUCACAAGCGUUAUUGCAGAUGGCGUGACUGUGCCUGCGCGAAAUGCACCCUGAUUGCUGAACGGCAACGUGUCAUGGCCGCACAGGUGGCGCUGCGUAGACAACAAGCACAGGAAGAAAAUGAAGCCAGAGAAUUAGGUUUGCUUUUUCCUGCUCCAGCACCACCAGAUACUCCACCGUCGGAAACAGCAAAUUCUUCCAAUUUAGGCAUGAGUCCAACCAGCGCGAAUGCAAAUGCUAACGAAAAUGGUUCACAAUCCUAUCCGGAUCAGAUGGGGAUGUCACCGACGGGUAGCACAAGUCCAAAUUUAAAACGAACAAAACUGGAAGAUGAUUCCGAUUCGGAAGAAGAUUCAACUCGCAUCACUCCCAAACGUCGUAAUUCUUCCUCACCGACAUUAGCAAUGCCACAAACAUUCAAAGAUCACACCGCUGCACCCAACACUCCAUCACCUGAACCUCCACAACGUGAACGCCGCUCACCAAGUCGCGACCUGGAUGUUGAAGAUGACAACUCAUCAGAAGCACCUGAAAAUCUUUCUUUAAAAAAAGAAAGUCCGCCGAGUCCAAACUCCACCAUGCCAAACCCAUUCAAUCAACCUUAUCUACCUUACCAUCAUCCAAACUUCCCACCACAAUUCUCACCAUUCCAUCACUUUGCAAAUGCACAUGCCAAUGCACAACGGUCACCAGUUGAUGUCCUUCUACGUGUAUUCCCUGGAAGACGUCGUAGUGACGUUGAAGCAAUUUUACAACGCUGCAAAGGAGAUGUACUACAAGCAAUGGAAGCAAUGGUUUCCGGAGCGCAGGAACCCGACCAGGGAUGUCCCACACCAUCGGCAUUCUCACCUCUUGGACCUCCAAACAGUUUUCAUCGUUUUUCACCAUCCAGGAGAUUUCUAUCCGCGCCAUAUGCAGGAACCGGGUAUCUAUCCACUGUAAUCCGCCCACCUCAAGAAUAUGGUCUACCAAUGGUCCAUCCUGACCUCUACAGCGCUGGAGACAAAACCACCGCGUCUUCUCCAGCCUCCAACACCGGAUCCGAUAAAACAUCUUACUCGGAAUAGCAAUUUGGAAGGUGGUAGGUUAAAAAUCACACCGGCUGUUUAUAAUUUAGUAUUUUAAGGGUGAGCAAGUA